UCCCUACUCAAACCUCCCUCACAAGCAACGAGCUACUGAACAUCAUCGGAUUCAGUGCGCACUUGUGAAGCUUUUGGAUGGUACCGGCAUUGCUGCGUGUUACUGCGUCUUUCCUGUAACUGCGCACCCGCACUAAUCUGCCUAAAGGCUGCAUCCCCGAGAACAUCCUUUCAAAAAUGAACGACAUUCAGGCAUCACACCGGGAGACGAAAUUCAACUCUGCGGUUAAUGGAAAUGGCGUGAUAACGGCAGUGACUUCCACUGUGGAAGACGUAUUUGAUGAUACCUAUAGAGAAAAAGAGGGGCCAAAACCUGCAAGGAGAAUAGUGUGGAGAAAUGUAAUAUUGAUGUCUCUGCUGCACUUGGGAUCACUGUAUGGACUCACCCUUCUGUUUUCUGCAUCUGCAGCGACCUUGGCGUGGGGGAUUCUGUGCUACUGGAUAAGUGCUUUAGGUGUGACGGCAGGUGCUCACAGAUUGUGGAGUCACAGGUCCUAUAAAGCCACAUUUCCACUACGAGUCUUUCUGGCUAUUGCUAAUUCAAUGGCUUUCCAGAAUGAUAUUUAUGAGUGGGCAAGAGACCACAGGGCUCAUCAUAAGUAUUCUGAGACCGAUGCUGACCCUCACAAUGCCUCCCGAGGAUUUUUCUUUUCUCACAUUGGAUGGCUGCUGGUACGCAAGCACCCUGAUGUGAUUGAGAAGGGCAGCAAGUUGGAGCUCAGUGACUUGAAAGCAGAUGAGGUUGUCAUGUUUCAAAGAAGAUAUUACAAGCUAUCUGUUAUUCUAAUGUGUUUCACAAUCCCAACUGUUGUUCCUUGGUACUUCUGGGGAGAGUCUCUCUGGAUUUCUUACUUUGUUCCUGGGCUUCUGAGGUACACACUGGUGCUCAAUGCCACUUGGCUGGUGAACAGUGCUGCACACAUGUGGGGAAAUAGACCUUAUGAUAAAAAUAUCAGCCCAAGGGAGAACAGAUUUGUCACCUUUAGUGCCAUUGGAGAAGGAUUCCACAACUACCAUCACACGUUUCCAUACGACUAUUCAGCAAGUGAAUUUGGCUGGAAAGUGAACCUAACAACUUGCUUUAUUGAUUUCAUGUGUUUCCUGGGCCUUGCUAACGAUCCCAAGAAAGUGCCAAAGGAAGUAGUGCAAUCCCGUGUGCAGCGUACAGGGGAUGGAAGCCACAGGAGUGGCUGAGAGAAACAAGUACCUCAUAACCCACAAAAAUGUGAUAAUAAGGUUGCUUUCGGAACAAGGUGGCUCUGUGGUGUAGCAAAAAAAAAAAAAGUUGUCAUACUCCUUGUGAAGUUAACCUUUAAAUAAAUGGGUAAUAGAAUUAAAUAAAUCCCAGCACUCAUUACUCCACUAGUAUCAGCCUCACCCAAAAAGCAUUUUUGCUUUUUAGCAAACAAACCUUUAAGGAAAAAAUAAAAUCUCUCUACUUUAUACGACUUCACAAGAUAGGAUAGCUACCUACCUUACUAUUCGGUUAACAUUUUUGGGCCAGUGGAUUUAAAAUGAAGUAGUCCUAAAAAGCUGUCUGCAUUUAAAAAAAAAAACAUAAUAAUGUGAAAAUAAACCACUGUGUGUCAGGCCUAAAAUAUAACAUAAAUUCAGUACAACAUUUGUCAAGACUCUGUGCAGAGCACAGAACUGCCUUUGCUGUUAUAGACCAAGAGGAUACUCUUGAUUGGUACUGAAUAUUGCUACUUUGACAUAUGCCACUGAAAAAGUAGCAGGAUAUAAAACAGAAUUAAAAUUAUCCAAAAAAUUUACUGUAUUUAGAAGUUUUCAACCCCGAGCAAAUGUUAUCCUACUUAAAAAGGAUUUGUAGAUUAUAUUUAAGAUGGUCACUGCCUUCUAAAAUACUUGUGAAUUUCAUUAGAAGAGAAAUAAAUUAAAUACCAGGGUUUUUAAGGUAGCACGGUACACAGUGGUAGAUUUUAUAUGACAGCAAGAAUAUGAGUGGCAGUAUUAAUUUCAUCCAAGGGCCUUGAACAAGCACCAAAAUAAAAUCAGAGGCAUCUAGUUGUUGUAAUACUGCUUGUUUGAGGGGUUUUAGUCAGUACUUGUAUAGAAGCUGCAUUUCUUUGAUGGGCUUUGUUAUAUAAGAACAUAUAAGAAGUCCAUCGUCGACUGAUUCUGUUACCUCUCACUGAAAUAGUGCAACAACUCUCCACCAGUUCCAAAAUGUAUCUAGUGACAGCAGCUACAGAGGGAAAGGUCAAGAGAGUCCUUAGAAAGGUGGACCUCAACAGUGAAUGCCUGUCAAUGCAUUCAGAGGAAGCAGAAUGAGGAAUUAAUUAAGCUUUGCUCAUAUGCAGUUAUAUUGUGUUGCUGAAAUGGCUGGAAGGAAAAAACAAGUUUCACACUGGUGAAACUGAGGGGAAUGUCUCUUUGGCUAUAUGAGCCCCUCAAUACAUGCCAUUGGUAUUCUAGAGAAAUUCUACUCCUUUUUAUUUAUUUAGCAAGACACAAUCAAAAAAUUGUGCCUAAUGCCUUACUACUUUAGAUCCAUUUCCAGGGUUGCCUUUAUUUUCUAUGAACCUGAAUGGCAGUUUCACAUAGUAAUUAUUGGCAACUUGAAUGGAUGGCAGGAUAUCUGCUGCUUGAGGUAAAAAGUGUUUUUUCACUAACAAGGAUCUUUUUGGGCAAUGUGUUUGAACAGUAUGUGCCAACCUAAAAAAGAAUUUGUGAAAUUUAGUUUAUAUGGACCAAUUUCUUUUUAAAUAUAUGUAAACGUUGGAAUUUCUAACUGACUUUAUAAAGCAAAUUGGUGCUUUAUGACUGCCUUAAUAAUUAAAGGCAGUGGCUUUUCCAGAGCUGAGAUCUAACCUUAGCACUUACUAAGUGUAGCAAACCAUAUAAUAAUUAGGUGCCCUAGAUUUGGCUGCACAGUUUCUUGACUCCAAAGGCAAUUUUCAUAAUUUUGAUAAAUGUGUAAAAAGAUUAGUGAUUUAGUAGAUGUAGUCAUAGAACACUGUGUUUGAAUUUGUGCACUAAGGAUGUGAAUUAAUGAUAAGCAUUUUAAAUAAACUAUUCUUUAUUUAAUUGCUUUACAAUUUGUUGUUGAGUUCUUUCUUGGUGUGUACUUUAGAACAUCAGCAACAAACUGCCUUAAAAUGUUUACUCUGCGGGCAUAUUUUUGGGGAAAUUACUAUUGCAGACUGUACAUUGUAAUUUUUUGUUUUGUGAGAAUAAUAAAAUGUGUUGUUGUUGAUAAUUGAUUCACCUCAGUUUUAAUAAGCUAUUGAUAAACCAUUAAGACAUUAAUGUGGAAAAAGCAAAGAAAGGAAGAAAAUUUUAUGCAUGUUUCAAGAAAAGGCCAUGUAGCUAGUUACAGUAUAUAAAGCUUCUCCAUGUAGUGACACAGUGGUUAGUGCUGCUGCCUCAGACCUCCAAACCCUGAAUUUGAGACCAGACCCAGGCAGUCUCCAAGUACUCUGGUUUUUCUUCAUCAUUUCAGAUAAAUUAAUGCUAGACUAAUCUGUGUUCCUAUAUUUGCCAUGUUAAAUUAAGUUUUUGUGCGAGAGUGCUCUGUAAUGGAAUGAAGGGCACUCCAUCCUCGGAUGAGUAAUACCUUGUGACCUUGGGGGUUCCAUUAUGACCAUGCACUAAAACACGAUAGACUGGUUGGGAGCAUUCACUGAUAGCACGGUGCUGCACCCACCACACCAUCUUGAUUGUGACUCUAAUGCAGUGGGUGACACCUUGGCAUCACACUGGAACAGCGUGAGGCUUUCUAACAGUGGCUGGAGUACCAAUGCUGCCACCAACGCACCUGCUUGCAGGGCUGGAUCCAGAUUAACGUCAUACCCAGGAUGAAGCAAUUACAGGUUGAGUGCCUUGCUCAAGGGCCCAAAGGAGUGGAGUCACUUCUGGCGUUUAGGGGAUUCAAGCCAACAACCUUCCGAUAGUCACUGCAGAUCCCUAGCCUCAGAACUAACACUUCACUGAAUAAAAAGGACUUAAAAUGAAUGUAUAGAUGAUUUUGUAAAGAGAAACUUAACUAUAAUAAUCUCAAACAGAAAAUAUAUAAAAUCUCAUCUUUUUACCCACUUUUUUCUAUACUUGUAUUAAUCUAAUAUUAAUAUAAUUAAUAUAACCCCCACCCAUUUUUUUUAAUCUGGUUUAUCAGGGUCACCCAGAGGAAAUGAUGUGAAGCAGAGACAAAUCAAGGACCACAAAGGCCCACCCUACACACACACUGGGCAAUUUUGAGUCACUACCUGACCUAGCAGUAUGGGACGGGGUUUAUGUUUGUGUUAGCCUUGCGAUGGUCUGAUGCCUUGUCUAGGGUCUGUUCCUGCCUUGUGCUCUGUGCUAGCUGAGAUUGGUUCUAAUGACCCUGUUCAGGACUAAGCAGGUUAGACAAUGAACAACUGACUCACCUAACCUAACAUGAACACAUCGUGGACAUCCAAACUGCCCCGAGUUAACUCAUGCAGGCACAAGAAGAAAGUGCAUACUAAAGACAGACAAUGACACAGUUGAGACUGCAGCUGGGGUCCAUUGAGCAUUGUGCUUAUCACUCGGCUUGCUCCCAAACAUGCACACAUUUCCCAUUGGGCUAACAAGCACAUACAUCUCUUGAGAUUAGAUGUAAACUAGCACACUUGAGAAAAGUCCAAAAGAUGUUGUUGAAACAUAUUAUAAACCCCCACCUCAUUCUCUUGCACAUAUUUACUUUAAAAAUGAUUGUUACUGUACAAUAAACAAUAUUUUUAUUUAUAGUUGAGUAAACAUUUUAAGAAGACAAUUUUGUCUGCAUGAAAUUAUUAAAUGUGGUUGAAGUUAUCAAAAAUGGGUUUCCAGUAGAACAUCUUCCUUUUUUUCUUCCUCCUGUUAUUUAAAUUGUGAUUUUUCCCCCUUACACAAAACAUCAUGUUUAACUAGCUGUCCCAAUUCUGCUCCCACUCCAUUGUAAUAAGUAAAGCAUUGUAUAUACAGUAAUUUGAAAUUAAAAAAGUAUUUUAACCCUUAA